AUUUGCUACUUAUGAGCUUCAUACUCACCAAGAAACAAGCAAAGAAAACCUUGAGUGAGCUUAGAGUUAAAGAAAGUCUAUAGUGAAGAAAAAGAAAUGGAGAUUCAAGAAGUGAGCAGCUUUCAGUCACUGCCCCUCCUCUCCUUGAAUCAUGUCUCUUUGCUGUGCAGAUCAGUUUGGGCUUCUGUAAGGUUCUAUGAGGAUGUUUUGGGCUUUGUUAUGAUCAAGCGCCCAUCUUCUUUCAAUUUCAAUGGUGCCUGGUUGUACAAUUAUGGCAUUGGGAUACAUUUGAUUGAAAAUCCAGCUUUGGAUGAAUUCGAUCCUAUUAUUGAACCUCGUCCCAUUAAUCCCAAGGAUAAUCACAUCUCCUUCCAGUGCACUGAUGUUGGACUUGUGAAGAGGAGGCUGCAAGAAAUGGGAAUGAGGUAUGUGACAGCAGUGGUGGAAGAUGCUGGGAACAAGGUUGAUCAAGUUUUCUUCCAUGACCCAGAUGGGUACAUGGUUGAGAUCUGCAACUGUGAGAACAUCCCAAUUAUUCCACUUUCCUCAUGCAUAUUCAGGCCAAGCAUGGGAAGCUUCAAGAGAGCAACUCCCAAUACAUGUGGGUUCAUGGAGAAUGUGAUGAUGGAGAGCUUUUGCAUGGACAUGAUGAACAUUUCAUUCUGAUCCAUCAACCUCAAGAUCAGCCUGAAAACACAAGUUUAAGUUCAAUUUUUCUUCAAUUGUUCAUGUUGGGAAAAUUUGCAUGCCUUUUUAGAAGGCCUUAAAAAUAUUUUACAUAUAUAAAUAUGCUAAAGUUUGGAUUGGGUCAUAUUGUGAGUACUUAGUAAUAAGAUUUGUAAGAAAGAAUGGAUUGUAUUGCGUCUGUUAAAAAAAUACCCUAAAGCCAAGAUGUGGCUUUUCUGAAUUCUGUCAAAGUCAAAUUGUGAAAUAUGCUUGUAAUCAUACAGUUUAUUCAAUGAGAAUUCCCUGCAAUGUGUUUUCUGUUA